AUGUUGCCAUGUGACUUAACACAUUUUGUUGGGGAGUUUUGGGUGAGGAAUGUUGUUGACACUGUAUGUUUACAAACAGAGCAGUUUCACGAAGAAUUACAUUUGAAGUCUUCUUCCAUCGCUAUGCCACCGAACAAUCGCUAUUCAUCUUUUCCAUCGGUGAUGGACUCGCUAAAUGUGCUCAAAUAUUUACCGGAAACUCGCUACAACUCUUCAUCGCAAUCAUUAGCGUCGACACUAUCCAAACAAAAAUUGCCACCAUUGUCGCCACAAAACGAGGUGGUAGAGGACUACAAAUAUCCGACGAUGAUCGACCAGGUCGUCGACGCAUUCGUGGUCCUGGCCAAAUGCCUUGUGUUGACAGUCGUGGCCAGUGUCAAAGCGCUUCUGCCUAUGGGUGUACUCCCGAGGAAGAAUGUGAAAGGCGAAACUGUCCUCAUCACCGGAUCUGGCAGCGGACUUGGGCGACUUAUGGCGAUUGAAUUCGCUAAACUCGGGUCAAAAGUAGUUCUCUGGGACAUCAACGAAAAAAGUAACCUGGAAACAAAACAGAUGCUUGACGAACUCAAAGCUGAGUCUCACGCCUACACCGUCGAUUUGAGCCAAAGAGAGCAGAUCUACAGUGCUGCAGAGAAAGUGAAAAGAGAUGUGGGCAGGGUGGAUAUUCUCGUCAAUAAUGCUGGCAUCGUUACAGGCAAGAAAAUCUUUGAAUGUCCCGAUAACCUAAUGGAACUCACUAUGGCCGUUAAUACCCAUGCCCUUUUCUACACAACUAAGGCUUUUGUGCCAGCCAUGCUGGAGAAGAACCAUGGACAUGUGGUCACGGUGGCCUCAAUUGCCGGCAAAGUUGGCGUUUCUGGACUUGUUGAUUACUGCGCUUCCAAACAUGGAGCUAUUGGCUUCCACGAAUCGCUGACAGCUGAACUUGAUGCUCUUGGCAAAGAUGGCGUGAAGACAACAGUUGUUUGCCCAUACUACAUCGAUACAGGGAUGUUUGAUGGAGUUCAGACAAAGUCACCGACGCUUUUACCCGUUUUGCAACCACAAUAUGUCGUCGACUGCAUCAUGGAAGCUGUACUUACUAACAAAGAAAUGAUCUCAAUGCCACGAUUCAAUUACUUCGUGAUGUUUGCCAUAGGGCUACUUCCCUCAGAAGUUCUCACCCAGAUGUCGAGAUACUUUGGCACCCAUGAAACCAUGGAGACUUUCAAAGGACGAGUGAAGCAACACUGACUUUUCGGGAAUCUCGAUCCUCAUAUCCUAGAGCUUUAUGAACCUUUUUGAAGUCUCGUCGAACCUGAGACCAUAUCUAGGAUUUUAUGUAUUUCAUGCUCUGAUUCUGAUCUUUCUGAUGCAUGCCUGUGGUGAAGCAUCAAAUGCAUUGUUAUGAAGAAAAGAUGGAUUAUAAAUAAUAUGUUAAUGUAAUCUGAUAAGGUAUUCAUUUUACUCGUAUAAAUCGACC